GGCGGCAUGCGAAAUCUUACGAGGGGGGUGGGGAUUCGGCACGCGCAGCCGAAGGACCCCCGCGAGUAGGUCAAAGGACCCCAGUGAGGAGGUCGGAGAUUCUCGACCACUCAAGCUUUUUGAGGGCGCGCUCGAGGCCUGCGGCAUGGCGCGCUGGAGGCCUGCCAUAUGUCGCUGCGGGUCAAGGGUUGUACGUCGCGCGACUGCGAUGCCCCCAUGCAAAGAUCAAGGUGCGCGUUCGUGUUGUUCAUGUAUUACUUAUCAUACACCCCCCCUUAGUCCGUGGAUUCGCUCACCACCCCUUCCCCUCUCCUAUCGCAUUCCACCUCCCCCUCCCCUCCCCCUCGCUUCUCCCUCCCCCUCCACCUCCCUUUCGCCCCUCUCCACUUCCCCCCAUCGCGUCUCCCUACCCUCCUCCUCCUCUUGUCAUUUUGCCUCCCCCUUCCUCCGCCUCCCCCAUCGCUUCUCCGUCCCCUACCCUCCCCCCUCCUCUGACUCCCCCUUCCUUCUUCUCUCCUUUCCCUCCCCCUCUCUUCCCCUUCGCAUUUCGCCUCCCCCUCCCCUUCACUUCGCUUCCCCCUCCCCCUCCCUUCCUCCCACUCCUUAGCCUCUCCCCCCUUCGCUUCCCCCUCCCCCUCUGCUUCGCUCAUCAAUUUCUCGGCUCAAGCGAGAUUUUAUAACCGACAUGCGUGGAGGGAGGUGGAGGGGGGAGGGGGGAGUGAAGAUGUGGAGAAUUGAUGGGAACGCGCCGGAAAGGGGUGGGGGUGGGUGGAAGCGAAGGGGAGAGGGGAGGUGGGGGAGGGUGGGAGCGAAAGGGACGGAGGGGAAGAUG